AUGGAGGCAGAUGGGGUGCAUCGAGAAGGGUUUAGCGAUGAAGCGCCCUUGUACAGCAUCCACAGCCGAAAGGGUGGUGGACGGCGGGACGCGGCGAGCGAAGACAAAGCAGUCACGUCGCCGACUGCGACUCGGCGCACGUCGAGCGAUGAUUACGACGCUGGCAAGCAUGACAAAGGAGAGUCACCAGUUGGUGGCAGCAUUCGGUCGCGCGUCGCCGCAUGGGCCCGGAAGCUCCGGGAAACGUUUGGCGUGCCGUUCCUGUCGUUGAUCGGGACCGUGUACUUUGUCCAAGGCUUCAACAGCUUCAGUUCGUUCGCGCUGGGGUAUUUAAUCAAGGACGUGAUGAAGCUCCAGCCGGCAGAUUCCCAAGCGGUGAUGACGGCCACGGGUAUUCCAUGGGGUAUCAAGCCCGUGUACGGCAUCCUGUCGGACAGUUUGCCGCUGUUUGGGUACCGGCGUAAGUCGUACCUCGUGCUCAUGAACAUGGUGGGAAUCGCUGCGUUCUACAGUUUGUACUCGAUCACCCCCGACUCGUCCAUCUCGUUCCUUAUGCUCAUAUUGAUCGGGUCCAGCGCAUCCACUGCCGUGAGCGACGUCAUCAUCGACGCGUUGGUCGUCGAGCGCGCGCGGCUCGAUCCCAAGGACGGGGCGACGGACUUGCAGUCGCUCACGUGGUGCAUGAUGGCGCUGGGGGGCAUCCUCGGCUCGCUUCUCGCCGGCCCCGCAACCAGCCACCUCGGGCCGAACAUGGUGUUUCUGCUCGCGUCCGUCGGCCCCAUCACGCUGUUCUUCCUCUCGUGCUCCAUGUCCGAAACCAGAGCGGCCUCACGGUCCAAGUCGUGUCCGCAGGUCGCCCGCGAGCAAGUGCGGCUGCUGUGCCAGGCGCUGCGCAUCCCCGUCGUGUGGCGCGCCGCGCUGUUUUUAUUCAGCGCCACGGCCAUCUCGCCGUCAUUUGGGCAGAUCCAAUUUUACUUUCUCACGGAGGAGCUGCAUUUCUCGGAAGAGUUUCUCGGCAACAUGGGCGCGUUGGGGUUUGUGUUUCUAAUGGUUGGUACGAUCGUGUACAACUCGUGCUUUAAGGACGUGCCGUUCCGUACAAUGUUCUUCUUUGCGCACAUUGGGCUCGCGCUCGUGUCGCUGGCCGAAGUGCUGCUUGUGACCCGACGCAACCUGGACCUUGGCAUCCCCGACAAGUGGUUUGUCAUUGGAGAUGCGAUCAUCUCCGACAUCAUCGGCCGCAUGAAGUCGAUGCCGCUGCUUGUGCUCUGCGCAAAGCUGUGCCCCAAAGGCAUCGAAGGCACGUUCUUUGCGCUGCUCAUGUCCAUCUCCAACAUGGCGUGGACCGUGAGUUCGUUCUGGGGCGCGUCUCUCUGUGCGCACCUUGGUAUUGCGCGGAACGCAUAUGAGAAUCUGUGGAUGGCCAUCACGAUUCGGAGUGUCAUGAAGAUCGUGCCGAUCUUCUUCCUCUGCCUCCUCCCCACCAUCGACCCCCAAGACGAAGUCGACGCCAUGACGUCCCGCCCCGACGGCGACUCCUCGGACUAUGAAAGUACCGUUGGCUCGGACUAUGCCAGUAGUACCCUCGGCGCCAACGUGGCCGAUCUCGAAAUGGACGAUCCCGUCGAACACGACGAGUUCCUCAAGGACAAGUUGCACCCGUGA